AUGGAAGGCCUCAGUGUCAGAGCAGCUCUUGGGCUUGCUCAGUGCAGGAGCAUCCUCCUGGUUGAGGCUUUUGUCGGUGGGCAGCUGCACACUGACAGGAGCCUGGUUUUUUCUUGUGUUAUAGCACAGUCUGCAAACUUGCACAGCCGUGCUACAAUGAUGCAGCAACUGGCUGCUGCAGUUUGCACAGUUGGUGUCAUUUCCUACUCUGUCUAUUACUUCACUAACCUGGGACGUCACCUGACCCGUAUAUUCAGACGUGUCGAUGCUGAGAGCACCGAACAAACAGAACACUCUCCUCUGGCUCCCAAUGCUAGUGGAGAAGAGGACAAAGAGGAGCAAAGUGACCAGGUGCCUCCAGCUGUGGUUACACCACAGCCGGAUUUUUCCGAGACGGUCCUUCCAGACAAAGAGCAUGAGCAGAUUGUUUCACCAGAGAUGCCAUGCCAGACUCGGGGAGAGCUGUUCCCAGCCCGAGAGCAGGAAGAGCAGCUCAGGCAGCAGGUGGAAGAGCCCCAGGAGAAGGGCCAGACCAUCAAGGUAGAGCCACAAGCAGAGCUGCACGAAGCUCAGAGUGACAUCAAGGCAGUGAAGAGGAGGAAUAAGGAAGAGAUGAGAAAUAUGCAAGAAGAGAUGAAUCUCCCUGAGCAGAGGGGCGAUCAACAAAACCAGGUGAGUGAAGGAGUGGUAGCUGCUCCACUCAUGAAACAUCCUUGCUCCUGUUUUUUACAGAACAUCAAGGAACAGCUGCAGGCAGAGCUGCAGGAAACUGAGGCUAGGAUCAAUGCAAGGGAGAAGAGGCUGGAGGAAGAAAGGAAAAGCAUCACAGAGUUACGGAAUCUCCACCAUCAGGUUCCAAAAAUGCAAGUGGAAGUGUUGACAUCUCAGCCGGUGGCCAGCAAAGAUUGCCAGCAAGUGACUGGCAACGAGGAGCCCCAAGAUCGGCGUGAGGCACAGGAAGUGUCUCUACCAGAAAUGCUGCUGGUUGAGCAUGACCUGAAGGUAGUGGUGGAAAAGAGGACUCAGUGGAAGAAGGCAGAACAUUUGAACAAGGAGCUGCAAAUCUGCACAGGCUCUCCUCUUGAACCUGCUGCAGCAGCAGCGGCGUCGUCAUUUAAAGGAGCCUUUGUUUCCCGAGCUGAGAAGUGGAGGCUGGGCACUUGGUUCAUCUGUGGCGCUCACAGAGCUGCUGGUCUGCAGCAGGAGAUCAAGGAUGACUGCCUGCAGCUACUGGCUGCCCUGGCCCUGAGGGCUGCUGUGAGUGCAGAGGCUGGAGCCUCCCUUAGCUGGGAGGGUCCCGCUGCCGCCCGGCCGCUGCAGUGCGGAGCUGGCCCGAGGCAGCAGCCCCUGGUCGGGGCCGGCUGGACUCACGAGAGGGUCAGCGUCUCCUCUGGGCAGCUGUCCGUGUCAGGGCAGCAUCUAAGGAGCUCUGCUGUCCCUGCUGCCCUUGCCCGCUGUGCCGAGCUGGGAAGAGAGAAUGGUGACCAUGGAAAAUGCCGCCCUGAGGAAAUACAUCCCAUUGGAAAAUAUUGGCAGCAGGUGGCCAUAAAGAAAAUAAGUCUGGCAGGACCUAGGAAGAAGGAAUUAGCCUCUAAUGAAAUCAAGAUCAUGAAGAGGCUAAGGGGUCCAAGUGUUGUAAAUUAUUUAGGCAGCUACCUUGUGCAUGAAGAAGUCUGGCUGGUCAUGGAGUACAUGGAUGGAGGCACUCUGAGCGACGUCAUCUGUGCGGCUGUCAUGUAUGAAGAGGAGAUCGCUGCAGUCAGUCAGCAGUGCCUGCAAGGACUGGAUUUUCUUCACUCAAACCGUGUGAUCCAUCGAGAUUUGAAGAGCCACAACAUCCUUCUCAGAACUGACGGCUCUGUCAAGCUGGCUGAUUUUGGCUCUGCUCAACUCACUCCUGAGCAGAAUAGACGCAGCUCCGUGGUCGGGACUCCUUGGUGGAGGGCGCCUGAAGUGGUGCAAGGUCAACCAUAUGGCUUCCAAGCAGACAUCUGGUCAUUUGGAGUAGUGGGAAUGGAAAUGGUGGAGCGAGAAGUUCCUUACUGGAAUGAAAAUAGUCGCUGGCCUCAGUUCAUGAUAGUGGCAGAAGGGAUGCCAGAGCUGCGCAAGCCCCACCUAGUCUCGCCUUGGCUGCGUGACUUCCUGCUCUGCUGCCUGCAGAGAGACAAGGUGCAGCACUGGUCUGCCAAGGAGCUCCUGCAGCAUCAAUUUUUAACAUCAGCCAAGCCUGCGUCCAGCCUGAUACCUCUCAUGGUUUCAGUGAAGAAGUGGAAAGAGAAGAGAACAUGA